CCUCGCCUCCGCCCCCGGCUUGAGUAAGCUGGGUGUUUCCUGCUUCUUUUCAGUCCGGAUUUGGAGACUCCGGCGUACUCCGACUUUUCAUGGAAGAGAUGUCAGGAGAAAGCGUUGUGAGCUCAGCGGUGCCAGCGGCUGCUACCCGCACCACAUCCUUCAAGGGCGCAAGUCCCAGCUCCAAGUACGUGAAGCUGAAUGUGGGGGGAGCCCUCUACUACACCACCAUGCAGACACUGACCAAGCAGGACACCAUGCUGAAGGCCAUGUUCAGUGGGCGCAUGGAGGUGCUCACUGACAGUGAAGGCUGGAUCCUCAUUGACCGGUGUGGGAAGCACUUUGGGACAAUACUCAACUAUCUUCGAGAUGGGGCUGUCCCCUUGCCUGAGAGCCGCCGGGAGAUCGAGGAGCUGCUAGCAGAAGCCAAGUACUACCUGGUGCAGGGCCUGCUGGAAGAGUGCCAGGCAGCCUUACAAAACAAAGAUACUUAUGAGCCAUUCUGCAAGGUUCCUGUCAUCACCUCAUCCAAGGAAGAACAAAAGCUUAUAGCAACUUCAAACAAGCCAGCCGUGAAGUUGCUGUACAACAGAAGUAACAACAAAUACUCAUAUACAAGCAAUUCUGACGACAAUAUGUUAAAAAACAUUGAACUGUUUGAUAAGCUGUCUCUGCGCUUCAAUGGAAGGGUCUUGUUCAUAAAGGAUGUCAUUGGGGACGAAAUCUGCUGCUGGUCUUUUUAUGGUCAGGGCCGCAAGAUUGCUGAAGUCUGUUGUACUUCCAUAGUCUAUGCUACCGAGAAGAAGCAGACCAAGGUUGAGUUCCCUGAAGCCAGGAUUUAUGAGGAGACCCUGAAUAUUUUGCUGUAUGAGGCCCAGGAUGGCCGGGGACCUGACAAUGCGCUCCUAGAGGCCACAGGUGGGGCAGCUGGACGCUCCCAUCACCUGGAUGAGGAUGAGGAACGGGAGCGGGAGAGGAUUGAGCGUGUGCGGCGGAUCCACAUCAAGCGCCCAGAUGACAGGGCCCACCUCCACCAGUGAGCAGGCAAGAAGACUGAGCCACCUUCCUCCAUCCUCCCUCCUCUCUCCCUACCCUUCCACACUCAGAUCCUAUGCAGGCUUCCAGCACCUUCCAAUUCCCCUGGAGUCUGGAGAUACUUUUGUAACAAGCCAGAUAAUUAUUUUGAUAUUUCUCGACAAGGUGGAUUGAUUCUGUCUUGACCAGGUAUAUGCGCCCCUUUUGUUGAACAAGCUGUGUCUAAGGUCUCUACUUUUCGUGAUUAUUCCGAGAAUCUGUGGAGCCAGGCUUUCUUGAUUCUCAGAGGAAAAGUACGAAUGAGUGUAAAGUGUAUGUGAGAACUUUUGUUUGCAGUAUUUAUUUUUGUGGGUGUUGACUACCUAUUAGAGCUUCUUGAAUGACACUCCCUUAAAGGUUUGGUUUGACAAUUCUGGGGGGUGGGGUGGGGCGCUGCAGUUGACAGGAACCAGAGGUGUUUGUGAGUUAACAUCCCAUAACCUUCCAGCCUAGGCAGACUGGUCCUGGUCCCUGUGCGUUCUGACAGUUACAGCUUCAACAGUGGAAAUGGGACCCAAUGAGCAUUCUGCCUCUAAGUUGUUCCUUAAUUUUUGUAGCUGUGGGGGCAAAACCUUAAGGAGCAAACUUUUUGCCACCUUGACUGAUACCUACCAUGUCUGGCAAGGAUCAGAGCUUUCCCUGGCAGCGAGUGCUCAGCUCUCUUCCUGGCUCCUCCCCCGAUUCCUGCCCCUUCAAUUGCUGUCCUUGUUGAUGCACUCCAUUCCAGGAAGGUCACCUGACCUCCCUGCAGGAAUAGCUCACAAACUGCUACUCCACAGAAUCUUCUCUGUCCCUUCAGCCUUGCCUUUUGGUCAGAAACUGCAGUCCCAGAUGCUGUCCUCCCAGCCCAGACAGGGACACCAUUCACACUACCAGCGGCACUGUAGCUUGCCUGCCUGUGUUGGGGCUGUUUCCCUGUUGUAAACCACUGUGCCCUGGUGCUCCUGUCUUGUCUUUGAUUUUGAUGCAGAAUAGAAUGACCAAGGGUGAACAGGCUGAAAGAGUGUUCAGACAGUUGUGGGUCUGAUUUGUGUUCAUGUUUGUUAAAGGGAUGUAUGAGACUAUUGGUGGGGAUGUGUGCUUGUGGGGCACAGGUGCCCCACGCUGGAGUCUUGACUGUGUGCAUGGUGCUUGUGUAGGAUGGACGUUCUUAGUUACCUACCUCCCAGUUUCCUCUGCACCUGCACAGGAACAGAAGCAAGUCGUGACUGACAUGGAUGGUUGAGUAGACUAGGUAGAGUAGUUACAAGGAGAUGUGAAUGUGUGUUGGGUAAUGGACGGAUUUUGUCUGCUUGGCAAGGAAAUUGUUACUGUUUUAUACCAAAGGUAUUAACAUAGGCAGCCUUUGACACAUGUAUUCCAAAAAGCGAGUUUCUAUUUUGCAACGGUUUUUAUGUACUGCCCUACCUGUGACAGUUGUAUGCCUUUCUUUUUAUCUAGCAGAGCCACAAUAAACCUUUCAAACAAUCAUGACUGAAACUAAAAGCCAUGUUUUGGGUAGAUAGUUUUUAAACUGUUGGUAUGGGACAAUUUUAUAUUAGGCCAUUUGGGUUUUAUUAAGUGCUAAGGAAAGGGAACUUACAAAAUAAUGUUUUGUAAUUAUUUUAUACUGUUUAAGUUUUAAAUACCAACCCUUGCUACUGGGGUUAAACUUUUUUAGAAAGUUAAUGUCAGUUCUGAUGUUUUCUGUAGGAAUGAAAAAGCCACUGUAUAAAUUCUGUUCUUUAAAUGUCUGCAUACAGAGUAAGUUUGUGGAGCAAUAUCAUUCGUUUUGGCUUCUUUGCCUUAUGACCUACAUCUCCCUUCCCUCUUCCUCCAGCUUUGCAUGUGAGUUAUGUAUCUUUGCCUCCCAGGGAUAGGAGCAGGUUUGUAAAACAUUCCAUGGUGAAUGGGUCAGCUACAUCUAGCCAGCCAAGAGUUGUCAGGCAGUGUCAGCUGGUCCAGACCGCAAGAAACUGACUUUUCUUAGGCCAGCACAAAGGUGGAAAGUCAAUAUUUGUAUUUAUGAAUGAUCCAGGUAUAACACUGGCCUAAUAUUUGGUAAAUAGUAAGGCUUUAUUAUACUGUAAUAGCUUACACUUAAGACAGAAAUUGGUCCACGGUAAUCAAGUUCAGGGUUCUGAACAAGUCAUCGAAUGACUGGGUCCUGUGCCUGCGACAGAUCCUUGCCCACCCUCUCUUGUUGCCUUCCUGAGGUGAUAAGCUGGGUGACCUCUGUGCAGGUCCUGUCCUGUUCAAGUGUGUUCACCUGGACCUGGACUUUACAGCUGCUUUUUAUAUUUAGCACCUGUGUGUGAACACCACUCAGCCCUCCGCUGGAGGGAUGCUGUCUUCAGGUCUCCACCCAAAGUCGCUGUAACCUUUAAGCAUUUCAUUAACCUUUCUGUCUCUGUGCCAUGAAAAAAGAUGCUGUAAGUUUGAGAAACAGUCACUAUUUCUGUCUUGUACAAGCAUUUGUGGACAUAUGUAAAAUAAAAGUUACACCGUGCUGUAUUGGAAUCUGUCUUCUGGGUCUUUGCAGAAAUGCCCAGCACAGUCAAGCCAUUGAAGUGCAGUUGACAGCAGAGAGCAAGGCAUUGCUCCUGCAUUCUGCUUUGCACCUUAAAGUUGCUCACUGUGGAAGGAAGAGAUGAGUCAUUUUUCUGUAGUGUUUGAUUUUAAACACUGAAAGGAAGUCGUGGGGUGGAGGUGG